AUGUCUCCUGCACAUUUCACCUCCAAAUUGGUCGGUCAGCGAGUACUACUCGUUGGCGGAACAGGUGGUGUUGGAGUGGGCGUGGCAAAAGCACUGAUCGAGUUCGGGGCCACCAUCAUUGUGUCCUCCUCUCGUGAGACCAAAGUCAACCAAGUCGUUGCAUCCCUCAUCGAGGCUUACCCGGAGGCCAAAGAGCGCGUAUCUGGCUACACCUGCGACCUCGCCAGUGCGAAUGUUGAAGAGAACGUGGAGAAGUUGUUCAAGAAAGUGGGCGAGGUUGAUCAUAUCGUGUACAUGGCAGGUGAUAGAUUGCCAACGGUGCCUCUGGAGGAAGUCACUCUCGACAAGUGGCAAAAGUGCAAUCAAGUGCGCUCUAUUGCUGCCAUUCUGGUCGCCAAGGUCGGCACGAGGUACAUGAAGAAAGACCGCAGGUCAUCGAUCGUUUUGACAGGAGGCUCUAUCUCCGAGAAGCCCAUUGCUGGUGGCUGGGCAAUGUUGGCACUCAUUGGUGCUGGGUUGAACGGAUUGACAAAACAGCUGGCCUUCGAUCUCGCUCCUAUUCGUGUUAAUAUAGUUGCACCUGGAGUCAUCGAGACAGAUCUAUGGCAAGGUAUGGAUGAUGAAACUCGAAAGGCCUUCUUCCUCGACCUAGAGAACAAGAACCCAACCGGCAAGGUUGGACAACCCGAAGACCUUGCAGAGGCGUACCUUUAUUGCUUGAAGGAUUUGAACGCUACUGGAAUAAUUGUCAACUCAAAUAGCGGGGCGUUCUUGGUGUGA